AGUCGCUGCUGCCAUUCCCAGACCGGAGCUUUCAAAAAAGGGGCUGAAAGAGGAGGAGAGAUGUCUGCAUAUAGAACUGAAGAUGAGUAUGAUUACUUGUUCAAAUUGGUUCUAAUCGGCGAUUCUGGUGUGGGUAAAUCCAAUCUUCUUUCCAGGUUCACUAGAAACGAAUUUAAUUUAGAAACAAAAUCAACGAUUGGUGUCGAGUUUGCUACCAGGAGUCUUAAUGUUGAUGGAAAGGUCAUCAAAGCUCAGAUUUGGGACACUGCUGGUCAAGAAAGGUAUCGUGCAAUUACAAGUGCUUACUACAGAGGAGCUGUUGGUGCUCUACUCGUAUACGACGUAACUCGUCGUGCUACCUUCGAAAACAUCGAGCGGUGGUUGAAGGAGCUGCGAGACCACACGGACCCCAACAUCGUUGUCAUGCUAAUUGGUAACAAAUCGGACCUCCGUCACCUACUCGCAGUUUCGACUGAUGACGGCAAAACGUUGGCUGAAGCCGAAUCCCUCUAUUUCAUGGAGACUUCGGCGUUGGAAGCAACUAAUGUCGAAAGUGCUUUUAGUGAAGUGAUUACACAGAUUUACAGGAUCGUAAGCAAGAAAGCGGUUGAGGCUGGAGACGACGGUGCUCCGGCUUCGGUUCCUUCGAAAGGAGCAACGAUCGAUGUUAAGGAUGAUUCAUCGGGUCCAAAGGGAUUCGGGUGUUGCUCAAAUUAGGUGUUGGUUUGUGUUAGUGUUGUAUAUUUAUUUCUAAUGUUGGCAUGAGAAUACAGCAAGGAGUGUUUUCAUGAAACUGUUGGUCAAGUUAUGGUAUAGUUUUGAAUUGGUCUGAUUUUAGAAUGUGAAAUAUAUUAAACUUGCUUAU